UUUAGGCAAAGCAGCAUUCCCUGACCCCAAGGGCAUCUAGAGCCAAGUGAUUCCUGUUGGAUUUGCUGCUGCCUGAACACCAAGACCUUCAUCAGCCCUGUGAAGACGUGGGAGUGGUGGAUCAGCCAUGAAGAUCCUGUACCUGCUCUUCCCCUUGCUCCUCCUGCUGGUCCAGGGUGCUGCAGGAGAUUCAGCUGAAUGCAGACGACGAGGGGGAUUCUGCACUUUUGGGGGUUGCCGCUACCCUACAACACCAAUUGCACGAUGCUCAAGAAUCAGUGUGUGCUGCAAAAGCCCUGUGAAGACGUGGGAGUGGUGGAUCAGCCAUGAAGAUCCUGUACCUGCUCUUCCCCUUGCUCCUCCUGCUGGUCCAGGGUGCUGCAGGAAGUGUACAUCUGUGUAGACAUCAAAGGGGAAUCUGUGUUUUUGGGAGAUGCCC